GCCAAGCCCCCUCUGACCUGUGUCAUCUCUGACGAAGGCAGCCCAGAGCCCACUCAGCACACACCAGGAUGUUUACAGGAGAGAUUGGUAAGGCAGGGAGACAGCCUGGGCUUCCUGGGACGGGGGUCUGGCUCCCUGACUGUCCCCCCACCAGACCAGGAAUCAAGGCCCCAGCCCCUCCUCACUCAGACCCCCCAGAGUUGACUUUCCAAUUCCUAGGCUCCUCCUAAUGCAGGUGUCAGGGUCCCCCACACCCUUGUCCCUCAGACUCUGGAGUUGUAGCUCAAAUGGAGACUGUCCCAGGAGAGAGGAGAUUCCCUCCUCACUAAGCUGCAAAGCUCAAUGGCUGCUGAGGGGGUGAACCAGAAACCAUUAUCCCAACCUAGUCCCCCAGUUUGACUUCCUCCUCUUGGAAGACAAGUCGGUCCCCAGUCAUUGGGGGAGUUCAAAAGGGAGGCUUGAUAAUCCCUCCGCAGGUGACACCUUCCCCAGCCUCCAGCCACAGGCAGGAACUGGGAUCUUCCUGCCAGGAGUGACCUUCACAGGCCCUCUGGUUUCAGCAGGGGCUCACCAGUCCCUUCCUUGAGGAACACAUUCCCUAGAUGGGAGGACUGGGCUGGCCUGUAAGGAAAAGCUGCUCUCAGGACCCUGUGGAACCAGGGGAUCUCCCUAAGGUUCCAGUCCCAUGGUCUCACCCUCCUCCUGGGUCUCCUGGUUGCCACGGGGACCUUCCCUAACAAUGGGGCUCAGUGAGGCCUUUAGUAUCUCAAGUCCCCCCUUCCCCUGGUUGCUAAGGGGAAAGACUUCCUAGCAACAGGGCUUCCUGAGCCUCUGGGCAGGGGAGCCACUUUUAUGUGCCAGUUUAUUAAGGAAAGGGAUUCCCCAGUCAAAAGGUCUCCCAGAACCCCACCCCCAGGGGUUCCUGGGUGACAAGGAGGAGAGGCCCCAGACCCAUAGGCCCUUCCAGACUUCUCUUUUUUGCCCAUAUUGCUAAGGAGUUCCUUCUAAACCUGAGACCCCACCCCAUCUUGCCCCUUCCACCUGGUCCCUAAAGAAUUGACUCCCUCUAUCAGGGUGUGGCCAGGUCAGUGUGAGCCCCCUCCCUACCCCCCCUCCUCGUUGCAAAGGGGACUCCCUAGCAACAGAACUCAGAAUCUUGGGGGCCAGGUGGGCAGGUGGGCGGGGCCCAGCUGGUUGCUUGGGUGAUGUCUUUCCAGGACUCUUCCCACAGUGGCCCCAGGGGUCUGGGGAGGCGACAUGGUGGGCUUUGGGAUCCCAGCUUUGGGCUUGGGCCUGCUCCUGCUGCUGCAGGGCUCAGUAGAUGGGAAUGGAAUCCAGGGAUUCUUCUAUCCAUGGAGUUGUGAGGGUGACGUGUGGGAUCGGGAGAGCUGUGGGGGUCAGGCGGCAAUCGAGAACCCCAACCUCUGCCUGCGCCUGCGAUGCUGCUACCGGGAUGGGGUCUGCUACCACCAGCGUCCAGAUGAAAAUAUGCGGAGGAAACACAUGUGGGCCCUGGGCUGGACGUGCGGUGGCCUCCUUUUCCUGAUCUGUGGCAUCUGCUUGUUCUGGUGGGCCAAGCGCCAGGACUUGCUGCACAUGCCGCGGUUCUUGGCGGGUAAAUGUGACCUGUCGAGGACAGUCUCGCUGCUCUCCAAGGACCGAGCAACGAGUGAAAAGAAGACAGCAUCCGUGGCCAGCAUGCCAGCCUCCCAGGCUACAGAGACGCAAGAGACCAUAGGGGGCGGUGAAGGGGAAGGGACAGAAGGGGCCGAGACGGAGGAAGAAGAUUAGGGGUGUCCCCGGGGGACCCCGCAAUACAGAUGUAGCCUAUAGACAUGUGGUCUCUUUUCUGAGAGCUGUGGAAACAGAACACAUAGUGCACACCUGGGGCAGGGGUCUGGGCACACAUGCCCUGGGGCAUCUUAGGGACCCAGACUGAGUUGGGGGGUGUUAGGCUCUCACAUGGAGAUGUGAGCUGAGGGAGGCUCUGGAAUAGAGGGGUGGGGGAUUCGUGGGGGAGAAUUUGAACUAAGGAGGAGCUGGGCUGAGUGGGGGCUCUAGGCUGUGAUUGUGGGGCCCUGGACCGAGGGGGUGUGCUGGAGUGAGGAAGGUAUAAAACCCUUCCUGGAGGGAGGCCAGGGCCAGGGGCGCCUGAACUGAGUGGGGGCAGGCAGCUUGUCAUGGCCUGGGAAUGUGCCCUCAGUUGUCUUCCUAAAGGGAGCAACCCCAUCCCUCAUGUGCCACCAUGUGCCACCAUCCCACCAAUGGCUGAAUGUGGUGAGUACCAGUGCAGGCCCCUUCCCAAAAGACAUGGGUCUCUCUUCCCCUGUGGGAGGUUCUGGCUCUCAGACACCCCUCCGGCUGCUGAAACUCCCUGGGAAGUCUAAGAUUCAUCCUACCAACCCUCCUCCCCCAUGCCUUGCAGAUGACAGACCUGCACCAAGCCACCUCCAUAAUCCAUAUCCCCCAAUAAAUACCUUGCAAGUCUAAUUUGUCCCUGUGUCCCUACUUCUCAGAAGGCCAAGGGAGACCUGGGUGGAGGGAGGUUGUGUUGGGUGGGUGGGUGGGUGUGGGC